UGGAAUCGUUUAUAUAAUAGUGCAUUUUUUUUAUUAUAAAAAUAAGCUUUGGACUAAGUUUACUAAAUAGACGGGCGUAUAUAGUUUCAAGUUAAUAUAUAUUAUGCUUAACAUGAUGUGUAACCAUGUUCUAGCACAUAGAAAAGUAGAAAUUACGAAUAUCUGUAAUUGUCGGAUACUUAAACGGAAGAAUUUACAAUUUCACAUAUUUGUUUACUUUUGAUUUGUUUACUUUUGCAACCAACGGGCUUCUUUUUCGGUUCUUACAAUCUUGUCAUAUUCCGUUUGAUUUUUUUUAACAAUAGUAAUUUCCUUGACCGUUUAACGGUUUUAAUUGCGUUUCGGACGAUUGUGUAUGGCCGACCUCGCCAGCGUGGAUUUCGUAGGAAAUACAAUGAGCAUUCUGUUUGAUGUACUUUCGUGUAAUUUUAUCGGUGAAUUUAGUUCAAACCAUCUACCGUAUAACACAAGUUCGAGUGUUGUUCCUUUCAAAUAAGUACAAUGAGUAUUUCGCACGUUUCCGAUGUAUAUUUGGAAGAAGAAACACCGGCGUUGGGUAAAGAAAGAAAUUUGGAAGACUUAUUGUCUAUGCUAUCCGAGGAAUUGGAUGCUUUAGGGAUUGAACCAGUGACAAUGAAUGUUAGUAACGAGUCUCCUCUUCAGGCACUAGUCGAUGUGUCCAUGAAAUUGGUUGAUGCAUCCUGGAAGUUAAUUCAUAAACACAGAUUACAGAUGAAGAAGUACGAUCAACUCAACGACGUUUGUUCCAAGAUCUCAAACGAUAAUUAUAAUCUUAAGAAUCGCAUCGAGGCAUCGAGAGAGGCAAUGGAAAAGCAAAAUCGUACCUUGAGUCAAACCCUGGAAAGAGAGAGAAGAUCGAAGGAAGAAAUUCGGAAAUUAACAUGCGAGCAUAAAUGUCUAAAAGAGGAGACAGUCAAGUUGGGAAAAUUAUUGCGGUCGAAGGAGGAUCAACACGAACACGAACUGCGACGCGUUGCACGAACUAGAGAAAAAUAUCGAGAUCAAUUGGAAAAGAUGAUGGGAUGCGAAACGAAAGGCGAGAGAAAGGUACGAAUGGGUCGUGACGAAGGACGUUCUACCGGUUACGACGAGACUGUUCUUCGCUUGGAGGAAAAUAAUAGAACCAUGAUUGAAGAGAUAGGUCGUUUAAGAGAAGCGUUAGCCCUCUGCUCCACCUCUGCUAACUCUCUGGUCGAUUCCCGGAUCGAUCAGCCAUUUGGAUCGAUAUGAAAAUAAGGACUUACCGGUAUAUUUACAUAUCAAUAACUAUCAAUAACAUUUCGGUUUCGAUAUCAUAGCCAUCUCAGUAUUGUAUCAGUUUCUUAGCUACCGCUAAAUAUAAAUAAAUAUACCGGUAUUUUCGUUAUAGGUCCCUACACAGAAGCGUAAUAGAGGCCAUAAAUCGCAAUGAUUCAAUGCACGAUCGUUCCAAAUCAGUUUGGUUAAUUCCAAAUACAAUGUAUUUCAUUUGUUACAAAAUUUGAAUUUUAGCUUUUAUUUACAAUAUCUUUUUAAGGUUAAUUUGUCGCAGUACACUUUACAAUUAUUGUUCAAAUAAUUUAAAUUAUCAUACAAAACAUUGUUGCGUUUAUGGUCCUCGUAACGUUCGACGCUUCUAUCGAAAUAGCUAAAAAAUUGUCGAUGACCGAACGGUCAGCAGCAACAGAAAUUUAAAGACGAACGUCGAAGGAAUGAAAAUGGCCGCGCUCUGCGUACUCCGGGCAUUACUUUUCGUGCAUUUGCAAUCACCGGCUAUGCAUAUCGUGUUAUUUUGACCGAGUAACCGGGUCGUAACGCGAUCCCUUUUCCUAUAAACUAUCUCUCGAUACGCAGAGUGUCGAUGCUGCGCGGAUAGAGGGACUUGUCGUACGUGAUCAAAGGUAUCCGCCGUAUGUUGGACAACUUCAGCUAUUUUGCACGAUUAUCUCUGUUAUUUGAUUCGCCCCUAUGAUAUCGGUAAGGUGUAGAUUCGCGUACCUGCAGGAACUGAUUUGCAGGUUCGUCACGUUCUCGUAGUCGUAAGAGCAAUUCCUGAAAAAUAACAUAUUCUUUAGCA